UUAAAGGUCUGCUAUUGGUUAUGUGAUUGUUAUGUUGGAAUCGAUGUUAUGAUGACAAAUUGGAAAGUCUUACUUUACUAAAUUUUUUAAUAUCGCGAGAUAGCUUUAUCUCAGACCAGUACAAAAUGGAAAACAUUUGCUCAAUACUCAUUUAUUUGUAAUCAUUUUCGUCCUGUCUUAAGAUUUAAAUAUUUAUAGUAAACCAAUUGCAUUUGUGGAAACAUGGCUGAAAAUAAUGCCUCUCCUAUAGCCAGUUUCUACAAGGAUAGAUGCAUUCUUCUAACUGGAGCUACUGGUUUUAUGGGAAAAGUACUAGUCGAGAAAUUACUUCGUUCAUGUAGUGAAUUAAAAACAAUCUAUCUUCUUUUACGACCAAAAGAAGGCCAAGACCCAAAACAGAGGUUAGAUGAACUUCUGAAGGCAAAAAUCUUUGAAAGGGUUAAGAAAGAACAACCAAGUACUGUUUCCAAACUAGUUGCCGUUCAUGGUGAUUUAACACUCCCUGGACUGGGUAUCAGUUCAUCGGAUGUUAAUCUUCUAAUAUCCAAUGUAUCCAUUGUUUUUCAUUCCGCUGCUACUGUUAAAUUUGAUGAACCAUUAAAGCGUUCAGUAGAUAUGAAUGUUUUGGGAACUCGUCGGCUAGUAGAAUUGUGCCAUAAAAUGAAAAAUUUAGAGGCAUUAAUUCAUGUUUCUACCGCAUAUUGCAACUGUGAUCGUGGAAAAGUGGAUGAAAUAGUCUAUGAACCUCCUGUACCACCACAGAAGAUUAUAGAUACGAUUGAAUGGAUGGAUGAAGAUCUGGUUGGUGUCCUAACUCCACAUCUAAUACGGGGGAGGCCAAAUACCUACACCUAUACUAAAGCAUUAGCUGAAACAUUACUUGUAGAAGAGAGUGGAGCACUGCCAGUAGCCAUUGUUCGGCCAUCGAUUGUUACAGCGGCUUGGAAAGAGCCUUUUCCAGGAUGGGUUGAUAACUUUAAUGGACCAACAGGUUUGAUUGUUGCUACGAGCAAGGGCAUAUUACGCUCAAUGCAUUGUAAAUCCUCAAGCAUAGCAGAUCUUAUACCUGUAGAUAUUGUAAUCAAUCUAGUCAUCACUGUGGCAUGGUACACUGCUAGUCAUAGGCCCAACAGUAUCUUGGUGUAUAAUUGUUCUUCAGGUAGCAUUAAUAAAGUCACCUGGGGAACAGUUGAACAAUUAGCCAUUCCAUUAAUUUUGAAACACCCCAGCCAUGAAAUCUUUCGUUAUCCCAACGGCAGUUUUACGAAUAGCAAAAUUUGGAACUAUUUGUCUGUAAUGCUCUAUCAUCAUAUUCCUGCUUACUUUAUUGAUUUAGUUGCUGUACUUACUGGUCAUAAGCCAAAGCUUGUUCCUUUGUAUAAAAAGCUUCAUCGAGCAAUACAAUGUUUGGAAUAUUUCACUACGCAUGAAUGGGCUUUCAGUUGCAAUAAUGUUUUGAUGUUACAGGAAAAACUACCUGCAGAAGAUAAAAGGGAAUUCAAUUUUGACAUUCAGGCCCUUCACUGGCCAACUUACCUAGAAGAUUAUAUAUUAGGUAUACGACAGUUUCUUCUUAAAGAGGAGUUGUCUUCUCUUCCUUCAGCUAGAAAAGGUUUAAAAAGGAUAUAUUUGUAUACUAAGCUGUGCCACAUGGUCUUAAUGGUGUUUAUGUGGAAAUAUGUGUUCAUGCGUUAUAAUGGUGCUCGUAAGUUGUGGUUUGUAUUUCUUUCAAUGAUGGUGAAAUUUUAUAAUAUGCUGCCUAAAUCCAUCAUCAACUCCUGAAAAUUCUUUGCCAUAGCAGACUCAAGUGGCUGGUGCACUCUGCAAUUUUUCACUCUGAACACUUUAUCCUUUAGUCAAUUCUAAACAAAACUGAAAUUCUAGCAUCAUUUAGGUUAAUGCAAUUGCAGUUUAAUUCACAAUCCAAUGCUUGUUUGUAGAUCCAGUCUGAUCGUUAGCAAUGAAGUAAAACUCUCUAUAAGCAUUGGGGAAAUUAUGGUUGUGAAAAUGCUUUUUCAUUGAAACAAAUGAUUUUGUUAAUGUUCAAUCCAUUUUAUUUUGGGUUGUUAUAAUUUAUUACCUAUUGUUUUUCAAUGCAAAAGCGUAUUGUUUAAUGCUUGUUGAAAUUUCAAAUAAAUGAUAAUUUGAAUUUCUUUAGAAUUUGAAAGAAAAUAUUGUCAAAUAUAUUUAAAUUUUUUUUGCAGUAUUUAUUUAUUUUUUUGUUGAUUGUGUUUAAAUAAAUGUUUUUCCUUUUUCACUUGUGUAAAAUCAGAAUGGGUCUCAUUUAUUAUGUGUACAACAAUGUAAAAAAUGCAUUGCCAUGUGUCAUUUUAAAUUUUAAUACAUUAUAUGUGGGAGAUAAGUUUUCUAUUUUAUAUGAAACAGGGUAAAAUUCAAGCAAUUGAGAUAACUGUAAUAGUCUACAUGUAAAUAAAAUUGAAAAUAAAUUUCAUUUUAUAGAUUAUUGCUUUAGCUUGCUUUUAAAAAAUCUAAAUAUUUGAAUUUAAUAUGUAUUUUAGUACUUUUAAAUUAUUCAGGGUUUCUUUCCCUUAACCUCCAGGUUAUAAUUUAGUAGUCAGUAUUAUGUGCAUAAAAUAUGUGGAGAAAGUAUUAAGCUUGUAGUUGUAAA